AAUCUUAAUCGGGAAAGCGCGACGAGAAAAAGCUUUAUAGAGCUGACGGGUGAUCAAGUGCUGUGCAAGUGAAAAAGGAAGCAGCAGCAGAAGCGAUUUCGGAGAUUGUUUAGCCAAAAAUAUAAAACGAUAAUAACGAAGCGCUCGGGGCUUGCUUCUGUUCCUUGGAAGGACUGUUCGAAGAGAUUUUUGUGAAGUGAACGUAGAAUACUAAUAAGAAUAAGAAUGGUGCGCUUAGUGAAAAGAUUUGUUCCCGUCUUAGUGAUCCUAGUCGUUGUGCAGCGGUUAAAUGCCCAGAGGGACUAUUGCGACAAAUCGUUGUGCAAAAAUAAUCAACCACACGUUGCCUGCGGAAAGGGCGACAGUUACGGACCGUUUUGUCCGCCAAACCGAGAACUUGUCCCUCUGUCGGAAGAGGUGAAGCGAUACAUCCUAGAUUUGCACAACCAAUUCCGGAGUACGGUGGCACGAGGUGACGUCACCGGCUAUUCGCCAGCGUCUCGCAUGCCUACACUGGUAUGGAAUGAUGAGUUGCAAAAACUGGCCGAGUACAACGUAAAAACCUGUAUCUACGGUCACGAUUACUGCCGAAACACUCCGGAAUAUCCGUUAGUAGGUCAGAAUAUAGCAGCCAACUCGUUCUAUGGAAUGGAAGUUACUCCGCUGGAUACAAUGACUGAGCUGCUGUACAGCUGGUACGGAGAGUAUGAAAAUGGCAACAUGGGCUUCAUCAAUUCCUAUCCACUGCUCGGUCAAGAUCCUCCAAAGGAUAUCGGUCACUUCACGCAGAUCAUGAUGGACAGGGCGGUAUCCAUCGGCUGCGCCAUGAUCCAGUACACACAGAACGAACAGGGACACGACUGGGUGCAUCAAAACUACGUUUGCAACUACUCCAACUCGAUAGCACGUGGCCAUCCGGUGUACAUUUCAGGACCAACCUGCUCCAAAUGCGAAACCGGAUGUAGUAAAGUCUAUCCAGGAUUAUGCAAUGUUGGUGAGCAGGUGGAACCAACAAAAACGUAGUUUGACGACGGAGACACGGCUGAGGAGUAUGAUGUGCGAUCAAAGAAUUACCGAUUAGAGGAAAUUCGUGCAACAAUUGUUAUGUACAUAGGUUUGCUUUAACCCCGAACGAGAUAUAGAAUGAAUCAACUAAUUUAAUUACUCAUUCAAGUGUAUGCCCUAAGGACAAUGAUAUAAAUUAUUUUCGUAGCAAAACGAGUUGAUAAAAUCACAUUUU